GGGCCGGUCGGGUUUAUGUCUAAUUCCCGCUGGGCGCUCCUCGCUGGCUGCUCCCGCUCAGUGGAGUUCAGUGGAGGUAUCUGGAGCGCUCACAGGGAAACCACAGAUUUACGGAAUGGGGUURGAAGGGAUCUCURGAGAUCGUCCAGUCYACCCCACUGCCAAGRCAGGGUCACCUGGAGCAGGUGACACAGGACCGCAUCCAGAUAAUUUCUCAGUGGAUGGAAGCCCGUGUGUUGCUUGUGGAGUGCCCAGCCUCAUGAAUCCAGUCACUAAGCCUGUCACCACCACUUCUUUCAACACUGCAGUGCCUGACAUUCCAAGGAAACGCAAGGGAAGUGAUUCUGAUAACCAGGAUACAGUUGAAGUUGAUGGUGAUCCUCAGAAAAGGAGUGAAGAUGAAGAACAUGUUAAAGUAAAAGAUUUCAGAGAGGCUCACAGUCAAACAGAGAAAAGAAGAAGAGACAAAAUGAAUAAUUUGAUAGAGGAGUUGUCUGCCAUGAUACCACAGUGUAAUCCCAUGGCCCGAAAGCUGGACAAACUCACAGUGCUACGGAUGGCUGUGCAGCACCUAAAGUCUUUAAAAGGUUCCAGUAGCUCCUACACAGAAGUCCGGUAUAAACCUUCAUUUUUGAAGGAUGAUGAACUCCGACAGUUAAUCCUUAGGGCUGCGGAUGGAUUCCUAUUUGUGGUUGGAUGCAACAGAGGAAAAAUUCUGUUUGUCUCCGAAUCAGUUUGCAAAAUACUUAAUUAUGAUCAGGCCAGUUUGAUUGGACAAAGUUUGUUUGAUUACUUGCAUCCAAAAGAUGUUGCAAAAGUUAAGGAGCAGCUUUCUUCAUCRGACAUCUCGCCUAGGGAGAAGCUCGUAGAUGGAAAAACUGGCUUGCAAGUACACACAGAUUUCCAAGCUGGACCAGCUCGACUGAACUCUGGUGCUCGACGUUCCUUCUUCUGUCGGAUAAAGUGUAGUAGGACCACGGUCAAAGAGGAGAAGGAGUGUUUGCCCAACCCAAAGAAGAAAGAUCACAGAAAAUACUGCACCAUUCACUGUACUGGGUAUUUGAAGAACUGGCCUCCUAAUGAGGUGGGAGUAGAAGAGGAAAAUGAUGUAGAAAAGGACAGUAGUAACUUUAACUGUCUUGUUGCAAUUGGGAGGUUACACCCUUAUAUUGUUCCACAAAAGAGUGGAGAGAUAAAAGUSAAAGCAACAGAAUUUGUUACACGAUUUGCCAUGGAUGGAAAAUUUGUUUAUGUAGAUCAGCGCGCAACAGCCAUUUUAGGGUAUCUGCCACAAGAGCUUCUAGGAACUUCUUGUUACGAGUACUGCCAUCAAGAUGAUCACAAUCACCUAGCUGAAAAACAUAAAGAAGUGUUGCAGAAUAAAGAAAAAGUAUUUACAAAUUCCUACAAAUUUAGAGCAAAAGAUGGGACUUUUGUUACUUUAAAGAGUCAGUGGUUUAGUUUCAUGAAUCCAUGGACCAAAGAGCUGGAGUACAUUGUAUCAAACAACACUGUGGUAUUAGGUCAUAARGAGUCAGCUGAAGAAGAGGUCCUCUACAGUUCCCAGCCUGCAGAAGAUGCUGUAAAACAGUCGUUAGUAAGUGUACCUGGAAUGUCCUCUGGAACAGUUCUUGGUGCUGGAAGUAUAGGAACUGAAAUUGCAAAUGAAAUAUUGGAAUUACAGAGGUUGCAUUCUUCACCCUCUGGAGAAUUAAGUCCAUCACAUCUCCUGAGAAAGUCACCUUCUCCAGCUUUAACUAUAAACUGCAGUGAUGUGCCAAAUAAAGAAUUGAUUCAGUUAUGUCCUUCAGAAACAGAAGCUCUAGAGAAUUCAGAACAAACCCAGGGUGCUAUUCCAUUUCCCAGUAAUGAACCUCUCCUCAGUGGCAAUUCUCAGCUGGACUUCGAUGCCAUCUGUGAAAACGAUGACACUGCUAUGACAGCUCUGAUGAAUUAUCUGGAGGCUGACGGAGGCCUCGGAGACCCAGCUGACCUCAGUGAUAUCCAGUGGGCUCUCUAGAGCUGCUUUUGRGACUAAGAAAUGUCAGACCCCUAAUGCACAACAACCCUACAUCCUCAGUACUGUAUUGGAGUUUUGUAAUGGUUCCUUUGAAUUCAGACUUACUGUCUCUAGGUUUUUAAAGACUGAAGCCUUGUUCAGAGAGAGACAUCUUCCUCUGCACCUAUGGACAAAUGCAAUAUCUUUUUCAUGAUGGGGAAACCUUGAAAUUUUAAUAUUGAACCAUCUGUAACUGGAAUGCUUAGAACACAUUAGUAUAUUUUUGCUAAGAAGCUUUAACCAAAAAGUACUGUACAAUGUACAGGAUUACUUUUUCUUAGUUUUAAUACCUAAACCUUUUAUUUAUUGUUUUUGUUUCAAGUUGUAGAAUAUUGGUUAUMCAUGUUACUUUCUAUAGAACCUACUGUACUUACAUGGUUUGAGAGUAUUUUUAACUAGAAAAUUUAAUUGAAAUAAUGAUUUGCACACACUACAGUUGUAAAAUAGGGUAUUGUAAUUCUCAAAUGAUGCCAUUUGUGAUUCCUUGCACUUUUUAGCAGUGCAAUUUUUGCAGUCAAAGGUGAAAAUAAAGCCUACAGUUCCAGGAGCAACGAUUGGGAUUGGAUCAUCCUAACAAACAGAAGAGAAUGUUAUGUGAAAAACAGUCAUUUUACCAGUACGCAAACAUGAGAAGGGUGUAAGAAAAGAGCAACAAACUCUUAAUUACUAUUUUGUAUUAUUUGUAAUGUAUUAUUAGAGAGGCAGUGCAUAGAAACUGAGAAAAAUAAUGCUGUAUUUGUAAUAAAGCACUUUGGUUUUGUCCCAGGUUCUUUACUAACUAGAGAAGUUUGGAUGGUCUUGGCUCCAAAGUGAGGCUUGCACUGUCUGUCAGUGAAAAAGUGUUAAAAUUCUAGAGCAUCUUUUAUGUUUUUUAAGAGAUUAGGAGAAUUUUCUACUGCUUGAGUGUGKGACUUUUUAAAAUCUCUGUACUAUAGCUCUGUCUGUAAGUAAAUGCUAUGCAGGAUGAUCUUKUGGGAACAGCUUUUGAAAGGAUUGUAUCCCAGUUACAGCAAAUGACUCAAGAACAUGGCACUUUAGAGGUUGCAUUAUAACAAUAUAGCACUGAUACAGCAAGUGGAUCCUUUUAUCUCUGSUCUUGAAAGUUCAGACAAAUUUUUGUACAGAUUAUAUAUCAUAAAAUUACAGAUUUUUCCCGUUUUCUUCA